AUGGCUUCCUCCACAGUUCUUUCGACGCUGCCAACGGCCGUAUCGACCGCGGUAUCGACAGCAUCCGUAUCGGGAUCUAUAUUAUCAACUAUAUCAUCCGCCUUGGCGACAACAAUAACAUCGUCAGCGAGUUUAACAUCUUCCUCGAGUAGCUCGACGUCAUCGAGAGUGCUUACAACAACAACAACAACAACACACGGCCCCGCCAAACAAAUACCCAAUAACGACUCAGCAGGCUCAGCCCAGAAAUUCGGAGGCAUCAGUCUUGUGGCCUUUCUUACUGCCUUGGCUACUUCGUUGGUCGUUUUUGGCGUCCAGAUGGGACUGUUCUUGCUCCUACGACAUAAACUAGCCAGGAUCUUUAAACCCAAGACCUACCUCGUUCCCGAACGCGAAAGGACAGAACCUCCACCUGCGAGUCCAUGGAACCUACUAUCCACCGUGCUCAGAUACAACGACCGUGAAAUCAUCAAGAAAUGCGGUCUCGAUGCCUACUUCUUCCUCCGAUACCUCCAGACUCUGCUGGUCUUGUUCAUUCCCAUCGCCCUUGUCGUCAUUCCCAUCUUGAUACCUAUCAAUUACGUUGGGGGACUCGGCCAACAGGUGAUUGACACCAACACCACGGAUACAGACGACUCUGACGUCCCCACGGGCUUGGAUACAUUGGCCUGGGGCAAUCUCCGUCCAGAACACUACCGCCGACGCUGGGCCCAUCUGAUUCUAGCUCUUCUCGUCAUUAUCUGGGUCUGUGGCGUCUUCUUCGCCGAGCUCCGCGUAUACGUCAAAAUCCGCCAAGACUAUCUCACCAGUGCCGAACAUCGAUUGCGCGCAUCAGCAAACACAGUCCUCGUGAGCUCGAUUCCCGACAAGUGGCUCACCGAGCAUGCUUUGAGGGGAUUGUUUGACGUCUUCCCUGGCGGCAUUAGAAAUGUCUGGCUGACACGGGACUUUACCAAACUUCUCGAGAAGAUCCACAGGCGUGAUGCAAUUCAUCAGCAGCUCGAAGAGGCCGAGACAGAGCUGAUCCGCGAGGCAAAGCGAAGACAGUUGAAACAAAGGAGUUUGGAGGAGAAGAGGGUCCGCAAAGCUCAUCAGGUCAAGACAGAAUCGAAGAAGGAACGGAAACAUCGUGCAAAAGCCGAGGACGAUGAGGCUAAACGACGUGCCGAGGACAACGGAGGCUUAAGUGUAGGAGACCACGAGUCCGUGCCGCAUGAUAUUGCGACGGCCGUUCACGAGGGAGAGAAGCCAGAGGGUAAGGGGCUGGACGAUAUCCAAGAGGGCGAAAGCGAAGAGUCUCCGCAUCACGGCCCGCGGGACGGGAACGGUCUCUUCAAAGUAGGCGAAAACCUAGGAAGAGGACUCAAGAAGGGAGUUGAUUUUGUUGGAGAAGCCGGGCACAACAUUCUUGUCCUUCCCAAAGCCCUUCAACAGAAUGUCGAAGGAGAGUUGGAGGGUACAGGCGGCUUUGACUUCGUCAAAGACGGAGUACAACCAUCGCCAACAAGCUCCACAAGCUCCGAAUACGACUCCAAACUGCAUCCAGAAGAUGACGACGCACAACCUAAACCGUCGUUUGCAUCUGAGACUCCGUUGCACGCAUCUCAAGCUCGCCACGCCCAUACCCUCUCUGAAGCCUCCCAAGCUUCGGCGCCACAGAAGGAGUCGGACCCACGAACAAUGGGUAACACCACUCGCAAAGUCUCAAACUUAAACGAUAUGUACAUCACUGAGAAGACCAGGUGGUACGAGUUCUGGAAGCCUCCGUCGGGGGGUUAUGUGUCUCCGGUUCCCCAAGGUUAUGAACGCGAGGACUACCCUUGGAAGGUCGAGAGGACAAAGUGGCAGAAAUUCAAGGCUGCUAUCCCCUUCUACCACAGCGAUAUCGAGGAUGUAGAGUAUCCUCCCGCGUUUACGAAAGAUUACGCAACAGAAAAGGAGGAAGGCGCCGAAUGGGAAAAGUGGCUUUCGGCUAAGGACCGGCCUCAUCAUCGUUUGGCGCUCUUCGACUGGACACCUGGUUGGCUUCCAGCUUUGCCUUUGGUGAACAAGAAGGUCGAUACCAUCUACUGGUGCCGGGCCGAGCUGGCAAAGCUGAACCUCGAAAUCGAGGAGGACCAGCAGCAUCCGGAGCGGUAUCCUAUCAUGAACUCGGCUUUUAUUCAGUUCAACCACCAAGUCGCGGCACAUAUGGCUUGCCAAUCAGUUACUUACCAUAUCCCUAAGCAAAUGGCCCCUCGCACGGUCGAAAUCUCGCCCAACGACGUCAUCUGGGACAACAUGGCCAUCAAAUGGUGGCACGAAUGGGCGCGAAGUGCUCUCGUAUUCGCUGUGGUGGUUGGUAUGCUUAUCCUGUGGGCUUUCCCCGUCGCGUGGACAGCGUCGCUGGCGCAGCUCGAUGCCCUGAUGGAGAAGUAUAGUUGGCUCCAUUGGCUUGUCGUCAACAAAACGGUUCACAACGUUAUUAAGGGUGUGGCUGGUGUCUUGCCCGCUGCUGUCCUUGCGAUCCUGUUGAUUUUGGUUCCAAUAGCACUGGACUGGCUCGCAACUUUCCAAGGCGCAAAGACUGGCUCGCAAACGACGGAGACGGUGCAGACAUACUACUUUGCGUUCCUCUUCGUACAGGUGUUCCUCGUCGUUUCCAUCACCUCAAGUACAUUUCAGACGAUUGCCAACAUUACGCAGAAUAUCACUAGUACCCCUGAAGUUUUGGCAGAGAACCUCCCCAAAGCCGCGAACUACUUUUUCAGUUACAUGAUUCUCCAGGCGUUGUCAACCAGUUCGGGAACGCUUCUUCAGAUCGGCACGUUGUUCAUGUGGUACGUUAUGGCUCGUAUCAUGGACAACACGGCACGGGCCAAAUGGACGCGCAAUACUCAACUCCCAAGCGUCACUUGGGGAUCAUUCUUCCCAGUUUACACCAACUUCGCCUGCAUCGCUCUGAUCUACUCCGUUGUGGCGCCUCUCAUUUCGAUUUUCGCCAUCAUCACGUUUGCACUCUUAUGGUGUGCGCACAGGUACAACAUGCUCUACGUUACUCGUUUCCGGACCGACACCGGUGGUGUUUUGUACCCGCGGGCUAUCAACCAGACAUUUACCGGUCUCUACGUCAUGGAGCUCUGCCUUAUUGGUCUCUUCUUCCUGGCAGUGGAUGAAAAUGAUCAAGUCGCCUGCGUCCCUCAGGCCAUCAUCAUGAUCAUUGCCCUUUUCUUAACCAUUCUGUACCAGUAUCUCCUGAACCGUUCCUUCGGGCCCCUCCUUCGGUACCUCCCUAUCACAUUUGAAGACGAGGCCGUUAUCCGCGACGAAGCUUUCCAGCGCGCCCAGGAACGAAGACUGGGUAUUAUCCGGGAUGACGACGAAGCUACUGCGCUCAAUCGGUCAGCUCCUGGUGCGAGCGAUGGAAAAGAUAUUGAGCUUCGGAACUUGCACAAGAGAACCAAGUCAGAAGCCGAUAGCCUGUCUCGACUCGGAAAGCUUAACCCAGUCAGGGGUAUCGUCCACGCUGGUAGUUGGGCAGUACGAGGCGGCAGACAGGUUCGGCAAGCGGCGUUUGGCAAGGCGGAAGACAAUCUGCGCACAGCCACCAUCUAUCGCAACGAACGCCGCCAGAAGGACAUAGAAGCACAACGGGCGAUAGGAGAUGCGUUGUUCGGCGGCUAUCACGACGAAAUCGAGGAUCUUACCCCAGAGGAGCGCGACGUACUUGUACGCAAAGCAUUCCAACACUAUGCGCUACGAGCCCGUCGCCCCACGGUCUGGAUUCCUCGUGAUGAUCUCGGUGUGAGCGACGAUGAGAUCAAGCGGACGAAGGAGUUUAGCAAGUACAUUUGGAUCAGCAACGAGGGCACUGCGCUAGACAGUAAAGUGCGUGUAGUGUAUGGUCGCAACCCGCCUGACUUUUCGGAGGUGGACAUUAUCAACCUAUAA